AUAAAGCCGCGGCGGCCGCCUCCGCCCCAAACCCUCGCGCCCCAUCUCCGCCCGCCGCUGCGCUCCCCCUCUCGUCUCCCUCUCCUCGCAGCCGCAGGCUAGGGUUCUCCUCGAGAGGCGGAGCCAUGUUGGUCUACCAGGAUCUGCUCACCGGCGAUGAGCUCCUGUCGGACUCGUUCCCGUACAAGGAGAUGGAGAACGGCGUGCUCUGGGAGGUCGAGGGCAAGUGGGUCAUCCAAGGAGCUGUAGACGUUGACAUUGGUGCCAACCCGUCUGCCGAGGGUGGUGAUGAUGAGGGUGUGGAUGAUCAGGCAGUGAAGGUUGUUGACAUUGUCGACACCUUCCGACUUCAGGAGCAACCUGCCUUUGACAAGAAGCAGUUUGUCACCUUCAUCAAGCGCUACAUCAAGAACCUCACCGCCAAGCUGGAGCCGGAGAAGGCGGAGGAGUUCAAGAAGGGCAUUGAGGGUGCCACCAAGUACCUCCUUGGCAAGCUCAAGGACCUCCAGUUCUUUGUUGGCGAGAGCAUGCAUGAUGAUGGAAGCCUGGUGUUUGCCUACUACAAGGAUGGAGCCACCGACCCGACCUUCCUCUACUUCGCGCAUGGUCUGAAGGAGAUCAAGUGCUAGGCGGGCGCGCGCCCCCCGACCCUAUGCUGGGUGUUAUCUUCUAUGUAGUACUCUGUCCUUAAUUUUUGUUCUGGCCGCCGCGGCUGACUCUAGUAGCGUCCUGUGUCGCCGUCGGUUGCUGUCUGCUUGUUCGUUCGUGAUAUGCUGAGAAUGUUUUGGGAACGACUGUCGGAAGAUUGGAUUAUGUGUGAAACAAUUGGUAUUUUACUCGUAAUGGGCAAAAGAUAGAUAAUCUGUUAUC